UUCACACUGCUGGUUAACGCUGGUGUAUGCGGGUGCUCCAAUGGCCAUUAUUAACACUGAAAAUAUCCGUAGUACAAUUUGGAUUGCCCUCAAGAGGCUUGAUCUCAACGAUGACAGGGUCACGGCCCUUCGGGAGGUUCACAUUCCAAGUGGGGCCAAAGUAACCACCGUAAGACAAAUACUAGCUCAGACUUUCAGGCUGGACACUUCUCAGAUAACACUUAAGAUGCGAAACAAUCGAGGAUCUCUAAUUCCAUUAAACUGCUGCAUGCUGCCAAACAGCAAGCAAAUGCCGUACGUCCUUAAAGUGGCUAAAAACUACCAGCAUGUCAACCCAAGACCCAGAAGUAUUCCCAUGACUGUUUUUAAUAAAACCGUGAAGUCGAGACUACAGAGCAUUGUGAAACAGAUUGAAAGAUUAGAAGAGCUGUUGCCUCAAAUCAAGCUGAAACACCAUGAAAAGAUGACAAAGGAUAUUGAGUUACUGAAUCAAAAGCUGGUAUUUCUUCACAAACGAAUGCAGACGGCCGAGUCCUAUUGCUGGGAGGGGAUGCUGAGAAGAGCUCCGCUGUGGUGAAGGAUGCUUACAGUUCAUAAUAAGCACUGACUAUCAAGACCAAUAACAUUUCAGAGUAGAGUCAGUCUGUUCUUCAGUUUUUGAUUAAAUCUAUAGAGAAUAUGAAUGAACUGGAGUUGUAUAAGUAUUUCAUCAUGUAUUUGAUCUGUUUUUAAUAUCUGACUUAUAAAUGACUUGUAAAAUACCUUUCUGAGUG